CGCAGCCGUGGUGACUGGAGUUACAGAGGCAUUAUUAAUAGUCUGAAGGCAAUCCCACAGUCAUAUUUUUUUAAAACCUGAGGCAAUCUAGGUUGUUAGAAAUGGAGGCCAGUACCAGCGCGAAGUUGUUUCUUGAUCACGCCACGAGCCUGAAGCUGCACACGGGGAACUUGUUAAUCGUGAAUCGCUGUCGCCUCAAGAAUAAAUGUCCGUCUUCGCCGAGUGAGGAGCUUCAAGACUGCAUAAGAGGAACACUAAGUGAGUGGUUUGCAACGUUACCGGAAACACCUGAACAACAGGAUUUACCCAGCACUCUGGACUGCACAAUUCCACAGUAUACAGAACCAAUCAUAGCAGAGGAGAGAGAAGAACUGCGGGUGUCUGUCAAGCUCUUUCUCACCGAGUCUGAUUCGUCAUCUAUAAAAAAUGCAGUUGACAUGGCGUGUGCGUCAUUAGGUAUGUCUCAGCUGGAUUCAGUCAUCAUUGCUCCUCCUCCCCUGCCCGAAAGUGAAGCUCUGACUCUGGUUCACCUACAGCCACUCUGGACCGAGCUGGAACAGAUUGUUCAGAGCCAAAAGGCUGCUUCAAUCGGCACCUCAGACCUGGACAAGACUCAGCUUGAGGAGUUGUACAACUGGGCACAGGUAAAACCGAGCAGUAACCAGGUAAAUCUGGCCUCCUGCUGUGUGAUGCCUCCUGACCUCACUGCUUUUGCUAAAGAGUUCGACAUCCAGCUGCUGACACACAAUGACUCCAAAGAGCUUCUCAGUUCGGCAGGCUUUCAGGAGGCCAUGCAGGAGAGCUGCAAGGACCUGCAUGUGACGGACUGGCGGCUCGAGUGGGUCUUGCGCUACUCCAUCAUUGUCAAAACUCGUGGCAUCAUCAAAGCCAAAGGAUACCUCCUUUAUGCACGGAAGAGCACAAAAUAGCACCUUCUGAUUGUACUGCAUUUCCAAAAUGCAUAGAUUUUUAGCUUGCUAUUAAAUUCAUUAAUGAAAUGUAUAUGUGAUUCACAUUUCCUCAUAAGUGAAGGCUGAAAUUCAGCUGACCUCAGUCAUGCUGUGAAUUUUUAUUUGUCAAGUGCUUAAUUGCUUGCUUAAUUUUUAAAUCUGAUCUGUUCAACCUUUGUAUCAUACACUUCUGCAGCCUGCACUAUGUUAAUGAUUUUAUGUUAUGUAGAUAACUAACUAACAGGGUUGAUGUAUCUUGCUUGUGUUUGUACACCUCAGACUUUAAGUAAUGUUUUGGUUUCUUUUCAGGCAAUAAUGCAAAAAAAAAAUGCUGUAAAGAGAUUUAGCAAAAUUAUAGGGUGGGAUCUAAAUUAUGGAAUAUAGACUCAUGAAAAGAUCUAUUUUUAUGUUUAGGAAAACAGUUUUACACUGAUGUAAAGAUAACUCAAU